AUGAACAAGGAAGGUGCAGUUUGUAAAUAUUGUGCGAUAUUUGGUCGCGAAUUUGGUGGCAAAGGCAGUCACCAGAAACUUAAUACAUUAGUUGUAAAACCUUUUAAUAACUGGAAAAAAGCGAUUGAAAAAUUUAAUGAACAUAGUAAAACUGAAUUUCACAAAUCUAAUGCCAUGCGCGCAGAUAAUUUUGUAGCUGUUUAUUCCAAAAACUGUCAAAAUAUUAUUCAAAAAUUAGAUUCAGCGCGUGCUAUUCAAAUUGAUCAAAAUAGAAAGAGAUUAAUUCCUAUUAUUCAAACAAUUAUUAUUUGUGGGCGUCAAGAAAUAGCUUUACGCGGUACUAGCGAUUACGGACCUCUCUCUUUAGACAAUUCUGAACCUACUUACAAUGAUGGUAACUUCCGAGCAUUAUUGAGAAUGCGCAUUUCGUGUGAAGAUAAAAAUCUAACAUAUCACAUUGAGAAUCAAGCGUUAAAUGCUUCGUAUAUAAGUCCUGUGAUUCAAAAUAAUUUUAUAAAUAUAUGUGGAAAAAUUAUACAAGACCAGUUAGUUAACAAAAUUAAUCAGGCAAAAUGUUUUUCUGUAUUAGUCGACGAGACAACUGACGUAUCGCGUGUUGAACAACUGUCAUUGUGUGUACGUUAUUUAGACAAUAAUUUAAAUAUUGAAAAAAAUGAAAUCAACAAUUAUGUAUUGAAAGAAGACUUUUUACAAUUUGUACCAGUAAAUUCUACCACUGGUCAAAAUUUGGCCACAGUAAUUCUAGUUACUUUAAAAAAUCUAGGUAUAAAAUGUGACUAUUUACUUGGCCAAGGCUAUGAUGGCGCCGCAGCCAUGAGUGGAAAUUUUAUUAAAAUAUCGGCUAAACAAACUGAACUAUUAAAAAAUAAAAUAAAAGAAUUUCUUCCUCAAACUAAAUGGACAAAAUUAACUUCCAUGUGUGAGACUAGGUGGGUUGAAAAUCAUGAUGGUAUGCUUAGAUUUUCAGAAAUAUAUAAACCUAUUGUUACAACAUUAGAAGAACUACAAUUAUUUGUUGACAUUGAAACAUCAUCUAAAGCUUUGCAGUUAUAUAAGUGUGUAACAACUAGUGAAUUUGUUAUAAGUAUGAUAACUGCGACCACACUUUUUUCUAUAACUUUACCAUUAUGUAAAAUAUUGCAGUCGGUAAAAUGCGAUUUAAGCGAAGCAGUAGAUCAUGUUGAAACUGUUUUAAGUGAAGUGAAAGAUAUGCGAACAAAUAUUAAUGAAAAUUUCAAAAAAAUAUUCAAUAAAUCAGAACAAUUGUUCAUAUCCGUGAACGAGGAAGAAAAAAUAAAAAUACCAAGAUUAGUAAGUCGUUCAACAAAUAGAAUAAAUGUGGAUACCAAAAUUCCUGAAGAUUAUUUUCGUAUUGCAAUUGCAAUUCCAUUCUAUGAUGAUUUCAUUAGUCAACUUAAUGAACGGUUUUCCAAACACAAGACGAUAUUAUCGUCUUUGUAUUUAUUAAUACCUAAAAUGUGUUUGAAAUCUCCAAUUUUAGAAUCAGAUUUUAGUUUAUAUUCAGAGUUUAUAAACGUUGACGAAUUACCUUCAGAACUAAAAUUGUGGAAAAGAAAAUGGAUAGCUUUCAAAGAUGUAGAUCGUCCACAUACAGCUGUAGAAGCAAUAAAUUAUUGUAAUCCUGAAAUUUUUGCAAAUAUUCAUUUUUUAUUAAAAGUACUAGCUACAUUACCAGUUUCUACAGCAACUCCCGAACGAUCUUUUUCGACAUUAAAACGAGUCAAGACAUUUUUAAGAAACUCUACGGGGCAAGAAAGACUAACUGGACUAGCUCUAUUAAGUGUCCAUAGAGAUGUUACGGUUAAUCCCGAUGAAGUAUUAAACCAGUUUGCUCUUCAAAAAGAUAGAAACAUAUUAUUAGUUUAA